AUGUCUAGACAAGAAGAAAAAGGAGAGAUAUUAAACCUCGAAAGUUUCUUCCAUCCGCAGCAUCCUUUAACUCUGUUAGAUGAUGAGUUGACUGACGGCGAGCGCUGCAAUGAGUGCGGCCUUCAAAUCUCAGGCCCUGCUUUUACUUGCACGCCCUGCAAAUUCUUCAUCCACAAAUCGUGUGCUGAAUUGCCCUCUCAGAUUCAUCACCCACUUCAUCUCGAUCACCCUCUAACUCUCUCAAACCCGCCUUCUCCGCCUUCCUUCAACGGAAUCUUCGUUUGCGAAUUGUGCUUAAAUAUCCGCGAUGGCUUUUCCUUUUACUGUGCCGAGUGCCAUUUCGCCAUCGACUCCCGCUGUGCCCUCCACAUACCAUUCACAAUUCAACAUGCUGCUCACGAACACCCUUUGUCACUUGUCUUCUCCAAAUUUUAUAAAACUUGUGUUUCUUGCAAUACUAAAACCGGUAUCUUCUAUGAGUGCACCGUGCCCGAUUGCAGCCUCUCCUGCAUCGCCCCCACGACUCUCGACUUUGAUUGUGCUCUUUUGCCAGCCAAAAUAAAACACAUUUACCACAGGCAUCCACUCCAACUUACCCUUUUGCAUUCCGAGGACGACUCUGAUGAGGAGUACUAUUGUGAUGCCUGUGAAAACUUGCGAAACCCAAAUGGAUUGUUCUAUUGCUGCGCAGAGUGUGAGUUUGUUGCUCAUACAUCAUGUGAUGGCACGUUACCAUUGCAACUGAUUCCCCCAACCAAGUCAUCAUUAGCAACUUUCAAAGACGGAAUUCAUGAUCAUGCUCUCACCCUGGUGCCGCUGAGUUUAAUGGAUUGUCACGAUUGCAGCUCUUCGGAUUAUUGUGUCCCCCAUUAUCGUUGCGAAGACUGCAAUUACGACGUCAAUGCCAGAUGUGCCUCCAAGACUCCCAAAACACGCCGAUUAAUCCAAGAAGAGAAGGCAAAACGUUGA